AGCCAUGGAGGAUGAGAUUGAACUGAAAACUGCUCCUGCUGAUUUCCGUUUCCCUACAACGAACCAGACAAGGCAUUGCUUCACCCGUUACAUUGAGUUCCACAGGUGCACGACUGCAAAGGGUGAGGACUCCAAUGAAUGCGAGAGGUUCGCCAAGUACUACCGUGCUCUCUGCCCUGGUGAAUGGGUUGACAAGUGGAACGAGCAGAGAGAGACCGGAACUUUCCCUGGUCCUCUCUGAUCUUGAGCAAGAAAGCUCUCUUUCAUCAUGUUUUUGUUUAAGGCCAUAAGGUCGUGUGGAUGAUCAUUUCAAUCCAUCUCUAUCUUUUUGUUAAUCUCUUCUCUUUGAUUGAUCAAAUAAAUUAAACUGCAAGACAUUCUUUUGGAUUAAUAAUGAUUUAAGCUUGGAUUUUAAAACUCCC